AUGAAACACGUGGAACAUUUAGGAAUGUGUGUGUGUGUGUGUGUGUGCGCGCGCGCGCUGUUCCCUUCCAAAUGGUUUCAAAGUCUCUGCCAGUGUUAAUUCAGCCUUUCUACCUACAGAAUCUUUGAGUCCAUCUGUGCUUUGUUUCAUCUUGUCCAACCCUACUGUGCUUAGCCAUGUAUUAAUGACCGUUCAUUGUCAGAAACCGUCUGAAUUUUGUUAUUCUCACUGUUAGGCACCAUUGAUACACUAAGCACCUGUUCUUUAAUCCUGCUACUAGCUAUUUUCAGACAAACACAUCUGUAUGGCUAACCACAUGUGAAAUGUCUCUGUUUCUGUUUGUCACACACACACACACACACACAUCUGAGAGAGCAACAUGGCCUGCUUUUUUAUGCAUGCGCAACUAUUGUGCCAACUCCUCCACCUUUACAAAUAUGAUAAGAGCGAGAGACGCAACACUCCCCAAGAAGCAUGGUAAUGGUUAACCAGAUCGUUCUUUUUUGGGGGGCGGGAUUUGCAAACAGACGCAACUUUUGAUCAAUGUUUUUUUCCCUUCUCUGCUUGCCCUCGUCAAUAAGUUAAAUUAAUUUGAACCGAAGGCAAAAUGGAGGGAAUGCCAGCUACGGCGAAACCAGGGUUUGACGACGACCAAGAUGGAAUCCGGCGGAGGCUGAGGGACAGGGACCUUCUAAAGAGAAGGAAGGCUGAGGCGGAGGAGAAGGCAACUACCCAGUGGGUUUAUGGCCUUUCUGUUCAUGUCGCCAGGGCGGAGAGCAAGAAGAAGAGAGCGAAAGUCGAGGAGAAGAGCACCUCAGGGAGGAGAGGAAGGCCUAGGAAGACCAAUCAAACACCGGAGCUCUCAGCUCCACAAGAGGAGCUGGGACAGGGGGGUGCCGUUACAGAGGAGGUGCCAAAACCAGCCGAGUCCAUCCUUGUCCCUACCUUGCUCUCGCCACCCUCUUUCCCAGCAGUGGACAAUACUCUGCCCGCGUAUGUCCCUCUUGUCCCCGCCACCAUUCCCAUCCCGUCCCCUGCUCCUGAUGUCACCCCUGCACCCGUCCUUGCGUCAGGCCCACUUUCUACCCCUGCAGCCGGUCCGGUCUCUAGGCCUGACGCAGGUCCGGUCUCUAGCCCUGCAACAGGUCCAGUCUCUAGCCCUGACGCAGGUCCGGUCUCUAGCCCUGCAGCAGGUCCGGUCUCUAGCCCUGACGCAGGCCCUGUUUCUGCCUCUGCACUAGCCCCGUUGGAGACCCUGUACACAGACAGUGUCCAGGGCAGUGACCCCAAGGACUGGGUGCUGAUUGAGGACUUGGGUCCGGAUGAAGAGGAAGAUGUGCUUCCAUUUCGAGACAACUUGGAAACUGAACAAGGUUCAAACGAGGAACGAGCUGACAAUGUGCCUGAACAAAGUCGAGUGUACUCCACGUUUUCUGUGUUGUCCACUGGUGCUCCUUCACAAGAUUCUCUCUCAGGAAACAUCUUCUAAAGUCCACUGAGAUCUGGCCUCUAAUCUAUCAACAUUUGGAUUUAGAGGCCAUUUACUGGUUAACUCAUCUUGGUAAUGACAGAGCAAAAUAUAAAGUAUGGAUGCUUAAUGUGUCGCAGUGCUUAUGCAAUGAAAUGCAUGAAGGCAAGCUUUAAACCUACCCAUGUAUUUAUUUAUAUUGCAUGAAUGGUGUCUGAAAUGUUUUGAAAGAAUAGAACUAUUUGUAUUUACAAAACAUAUUUGUAGAAGCUUAAUGUGGCAGCAUUUUACAUAAAUUUGUACAAUUUUGGGUUAA